UGAGAGUUCAGAGGUCAGGACUGUGUUGUCUUUGUGCAGAAGGAGCGCAGCUCGGUCUCACAUCACUCUUCCCUCUCUGAACCCUCCCGAACCUUCCCCUUCCACCCCAACAACCCCGACAACCCCGACCCUCCCCCCGACCACCCGCCGGGACCAGCGCAGAUCCCUCUCAGCAACUAAAAGACCAGUUGUGUACUGACGACUAGAGUUGCAGCUAUGGACUCCGGUGUGAUUGAAGGCGGGCUCAAUGUCACCCUUACCAUAAGGCUGCUCAUGCAUGGCAAGGAAGUUGGAAGCAUCAUUGGAAAGAAAGGUGAAUCUGUGAAGAAGAUGAGAGAAGAGAGUGGGGCCCGGAUUAACAUCUCUGAGGGCAAUUGCCCCGAGAGGAUAAUUACUUUGGCGGGCCCAACCACCGCCAUCUUUAAAGCAUUUUCCAUGAUCAUUGAAAAGUUGGAAGAGGACAUAAGCAGCUCCAUGACAAACAGCACAGCUACCAGCAAGCCCCCAGUGACCCUACGCAUUGUGGUGCCUGCCAGCCAGUGUGGCUCCCUCAUUGGGAAAGGUGGCUGCAAGAUCAAGGAGAUACGAGAGUCAACUGGUGCUCAGGUGCAGGUGGCAGGGGACAUGCUCCCCAACUCCACAGAGCGUGCCAUCACCAUUGCUGGCACUCCGCAGUCAAUAAUUGAGUGUGUAAAGCAGAUCUGUGUAGUUAUGCUUGAGUCUCCCCCGAAGGGGGUCACGAUCCCCUACAGACCCAAGCCCUCAGGAUCACCAGUCAUCUUUGCAGGCGGACAGGCAUAUGCUGUACAAGGACAGCACGCGAUUCCACAGCCAGAUUCUUCCUCUGCUGCUAUUUCUCCACAGCUCACCAAGCUUCAUCAGCUGGCUAUGCAGCAGAGCCCUUUUCCCAUUGCACCAAGCAACCAGGGAUUCACUGGAAUAGACGCAGCUGCUCAAACCAGUUCCCAUGAGAUGACCAUUCCAAACGAUCUUAUUGGAUGCAUCAUUGGCCGCCAGGGAGCCAAGAUCAACGAAAUCAGGCAAAUGUCUGGAGCUCAGAUCAAGAUCGCAAAUCCAGUGGAUGGAUCGACUGACCGUCAGGUUACCAUCACAGGCUCACCUGCCAGCAUCAGUCUGGCGGAAUACCUCAUCAAUGCAAGGCUUUCCUCAGAGGCAACAGGACUGGCAGCCAACUGAUAAGACACUGCAGCUGCACUAAAUCACACUUUUAUAUCACCGGCUACCAUAAAGCAGUCAAUGCAACUAUCCAACUUCAAAGAAUAUGUAUUAUACCACCUCUUCCUCGUUUGAAAUCAUAUCAACCAGCAGUGAUUUGUUCCCCUUAGUUCUUAUUUAUUUUCUUUUGUUUUGAUUUUUAGUUGUAAGAAGCAAAUAAUUAGGUUUUAAAUUCUCUAUUUCAGUCAAGAUGGAGUUUUAAUUGAUCCAUUAUUAAACUUUUUUUUUUUCCAAUUUGUUGAUCUUUUUCCUUUUUUUUUUUUCUUUCUUUGCCCCGACAGUGGAGUUGGAAAAUUCUGAUUAGGCGAGUAGAUGUAAGCCUGUACAGUUGAUUUUUCUUUUUUUUUUUUUUCUUUAAAAAAAAAAGAAGGAAAAAAUUGAAAAAUAAAAAUAGUGACUGUUUUAUUCUAUGUUUAUGGUCCUAUAUUUUAUUUUUUUGCCUUCUCACUUCCACUGAUCUGCCCAUUUCAUGUCGAUUAUUCUUUGCUAUGACAACAUUGUACCCCUGUAUUACCUUUUUCCAACUCAAGUGCUUGUUACAUGGAUCACACUCGUGUCACUGAUAAUACAUAGUUGUACAUGCACUGUCACUCGGUAUAUUUGGUUAUAAAGAAAAGUGUUCUAACACUCAGAAGAAUUUAUUCAAAUAAUUUGAAAGUUGUAUUUACAACGCGUGUCACUUUUUCUCUCCUCUACAUGUCAUUCCGAUUAUUUUAUUUUUUUUUAUUUUCCCUUUUCUCCUUCCCCCCUCGUUCUGAGAUCAAGUGUUGAUAUUUUGCGGGGAUGGGAUGCUUUUGGGAUUUGGGCUUGGCUCCAGGGAUUGGAAGCAGAGGGUUGUCCUCGCUUUUUUUGUAUAGACUGAUUAUAUACAGUACAUAUAUAAAUAUAUAUAUGUAUACUAAAACAAAAAAAAAGUUGGAUUAUUUGUUUUAAAUGGAGGAUUUUUUUUUAAACUACCAAAGGGGAAUUAACUCUUGGACAAUGAUUUGUCUCUUAAAUGUGAUGAGGCUGAGGAGUGAAACCACGGAUGCUCUGGAUCUAGACAAAGAGAAGGGUUGUGAGUAACACUAGAUUCCUGCUCUUUGCUUUGCUCAAGUCAGAAUCUAUUUUAUUUUUUAUUUGCAGGAAAGAAAAACUUUUGUGCACGUUUUUUGAGACUGUAGAUCUGGGUGCCACAAAAUUGUUUAAAAAAUGCAGAAUUAAAGAUGUGAAAUGCUUAAACCACAAA